AUGUCGAUCUGCCCGGCGCCGUCGGAGUCCUCGGGCUCCGGGAGCCGCGUGUGGAUCUUCCACGGGCUGGCGCUCGGCGCGGCGGCGGCCGCCGCCGCGGCCGCCUACGUGUACCGCCGGCCCCGCGGGUUCCGCAGCCUGGCGGUGGGCAUCAUCCCCGCGCGCUACGCCUCCUCCCGCUUCGACGGCAAGCCGCUCGCCCUCAUCCUCGGCAAGCCCAUGAUACAGAGAACCUGGGAAAGAGUUAUGCUAGCUUCUUCAUUAGACCAUGUUGUUGUGGCAACGGAUGAUGAGAAAAUUGCUGAGUGCUGUAGAGGAUUUGGAGCUGAUGUUAUAAUGACAUCAGUAUCAUGCCAAAAUGGAUCUGAGCGCUGCUGUGAGGCACUUCAAAAGCUCAGGAAACAUUAUGACAUUGUUGUCAAUAUUCAAGGGGAUGAGCCUCUUAUUGAACCAGAUAUCAUAGACGGUGUGGUUAUGGCAUUGCAGCGAGCUCCUGAUGCAGUCUUCAGCACAGCUGCCACGGCACUAAAACCUGAAGAUGCAUUUGACACAAACCGAGUGAAGUGUGUAGUAGACAACCAGGGUUAUGCAAUAUACUUCUCAAGAGGGCUGAUCCCAUUUAACAAAUCAGGGAAAGUCAAUCCUCACUUUCCAUAUCUUCUUCAUCUUGGAAUUUCGGGCUUUGAUUCGAAGUUUCUGAAGAUCUAUCCACAGCUUGCACCAACCCCACUGCAACUAGAAGAGGACCUGGAGCAACUUAAAGUUCUUGAGAAUGGCUACAAGAUGAAGGUUAUCAAGGUGGACCAUGAUGCCCAUGGUGUGGAUGCGCCCGAAGACGUUGAGAAAAUAGAAGCAUUGAUGCGGGCAAGGAACAUCCAGUAG